AUGGGGCGGAAACAGCACCUGCUGCAGGAGCAGCAGCAGCAGCAGCACACUGGGGAGAGCAGCCAAGCGCUGCUGAAGAAGAAGUGCCAGCAAGAGCCUAGCUGCGACGCAGUCCUCGACAUCAGUAGCGGCGGCAGGAGCAAGACUAGCAACAGCAACAGCAGCAAAUCUGAGAAGAUCAAACUCAUCGGGGCCCUCUGUGUCUUUCUCUUUGGGUAUUGCGGACAGCCAAUCCUUGUCGACUUUUGCCGUUACCAGGGCGUGGCAAGCGCCAGCACCUUCCUGUUUCUACUGCCGCACUUCAUCGGAAUGCUCGUCGCCGGCAGCCUUCCCCUUUCUGCUGAUUCCAAGAGACCCGAAUCCAGGGCCCAGUUACGGAACCCCCGUCUUUGGCGUCGAGCCUUCAGGCUGGCUUUGAUAGAUUUGAGUCACCAGCUGCUAGAGAAGGCGGGCCUGGUGCUGUGCGGCUCUGGGGUGUACAUAUUGCUCAGCAGCACCUCCAUUGUUUGGACUGCUGUUCUCUCUGCCCUCAUUCUAGGCAGGAAAUUCUCACCUCUUAAAUACUUCAGCCUCUCCCUAAUCGUUGCGGGCGUCUCCAUUAAGGCAUCGAAUUUGUCACUCACCUUCAGCAGCCAGGAGUCACUUGGAAUGAUCUUGUCACUACUUGCUGCAAUACUUCAAGGCCUGACCUUCGUGCUGAACGAACGCUUUAUGGAGGACGAAGACGCUCCCAUCACUGGCCUUAACCUGGUCUUUAUGAUGGGGUAUGUUGCCGUUGCUGUUACUGCUGGAGCUGCUGUUGCUGCUGCCGCUGCAAUUGCCUAUGCUGUUGCGGUUGCAGAGUCUUAUUGCGGGUUUUGUGUGCGUCAACAGGGCCAUCAGCACUGGGCUGCUGUUGGUGUGGACUUGUGUGUGGACGCUGCCCCAGGCGCUGUCACUUCGGGGGCGCUUAAAGGCUGCAAAGCAGCGGCAGUGGUCGUGCUAAGCCACGUCCUUUUCUGCAGUGUGCAGGAGUCUCAGUGCAUAGGCGUGCGCAAAGGCAUCGCUGCGGCGAUGUGCGUUGCUGGCGUAGUGCUGCACUCUGUUCUCUGA